AUGCCAUUUGCCCCAUUUACUGGAGUAAACCAUCACUUUCAAUCCAUACAAUUUGGAUGUGCCCUUUUGCAAGAUGAGACGGAGGUAACAUUUCUAUGGUUAUUUGAGACGUGGCUUGAAGCUAUGGGAGGUCGACAUCCAUUAUGUAUUAUCACUGAUCAAGAUUUGGCAAUGAAAGGAGCAAUAGCUAAAAAUUUUCCCAAUACUCGUCACCGCCUCUGCAUUUGGCAUAUAAAGAAAAAAUUUGGUGAAAAGUUGUCACAUGUAUAUUAUAAAAAGUCUGAUUUCAAGACUAGCAUGAAAAAGUGUAUAUGGGCAACAUACAGAAUUAAGGAUUUUGAAGAGCAAUGGAAGAAGUUGAUUGAGGAGCAUGAAUUGGAACAAAAUGAAUGGCUACAACAACUUUAUGAAAUUCGUGAAUCUUGGGUUCCAGUAUAUAAUCGUAGCACAUUUUUUGCCGGAAUGAAUACAACAGGCCGUAGUGAAGGUACUAAUGCAUUUUUUGAUGACUUUGUUACAUCAAUGACCAAUCUGAGAGAAUUUGUUGUCAAGUAUGAACAAGCCUUACAGAAGAUUAUUACAAGGGAAAGUAGCGAAGAUUUUACAUCAGAGCAUAAAUAUCGUAUUGUAAAUGAUGAUGACUUUCUUUUGAAACAUGCAGCACAGGUGUACACUAGAAAUAUAUUUGAAAAAUUCAAGAGAGAAUGGUCUAGAAUCAAAAGGCUCAAGGUUGAAGAAAGGGGUUCCGACAAUCAGUUUCACAGAUACUCAGUGAUGAAGAAAACUGAUAACUCAAAAGAGUUUUUAGUGGAGUUGAAUUUACAAACACAUGUGCACUACUACAAAUAUGACAUUUAA